AUGGAUAAGAAAGAAAAUGAGAGCUUAUCUAGCCGAGAAUUAGAAACACUUAAAAAGAUUAAAAAGACACAAAUGGAUGAUUACUUGAAGGGAACAGUAUCUGGAUCAGUAACGGCUUCUGAUCGGCUAAUGAAAGAAUUAAAAGAUGUUUACCAGUCAGCUGCAUAUAAAAAUGGAACGUACACUCUAGAACUUGUUAAUGAUAGCUUGUAUGAGUGGAAUGUUAAGAUUCUAAGAGUUGACCCAGAUAGCCAUUUAUGUAGCGACUUGAAGAAGUUAAAGAAAAAGCUGAAGUACUCCCAUAUUUUAUUAAAUUUUACCUUUAAGGACUCUUACCCGCUUCAUCCUCCAUUUGUUCGUGUGGUCGAGCCUAUAGUUACUGGAGGGUACGUUAUGACCGGUGGAGCAAUUUGUAUGGAACUUCUUACACCGCAGGGAUGGAGCAGCGUCUAUACAGUUGAUGCCAUUAUUAUACAGAUUGCUGCGACGCUGGUGCAAGGCAAAGCUCGCAUUGAUUUUUCAGCCCCGGCGAAUUCCUAUAGCUAUUUUAGAGCGCAAAGUUCUUUCCAAUCCAUGGUUAAAUUGCAUGGGAAGAACGGAUGGUAUACUCCUCCAAAAUCUGAAGGAUAA